AUACGAGGCGAGCAGCGUUCAGCAACUCACAGGGAAACACACAUUGGUGUUCAAUCUUUUAUUGAACAUUUUGGAUUUUAAUUGCAACUUUUUUCGAAUUGGAAACUUUUUCCGCUAGCGAUAUUGUGAUGUUUUCCACUCUGGGUACCGAUCUGACUUACAACAACAUGGCUUCUUCUCUUAGUGCAGCUCAGGACUUCACUGACUUGACAGUGUCAGGAUCUUCUUUUGUGCCCACUGUCACUGCUAUCAACUCAUCCCCAAAUUUGCAGUGGAUGGUCCAGUCUGUGGUGUCUUCCGUUGCUUCAUCUGAGGCCAGGGUUCAUCCCUACGAUGCAGUCUCUGACUCCACCUUCUCUAGAGCAAAAAUGGUUAAGACUUGCUCGAUCAAGUCUCAGAGCACCAGCCGCAGGGGCAGAAUCGAACAGCUGCCUCCAGCGGAGGAAGAGAAGAAGCGUCUACGUCGCGAACGUAACAAAAUGGCAGCCGCCAAAUGCCGCAACCGAAGACGCGAGAUCACAGACACUCUGCAAGCUGAAACAGACCAGCUUGAGGAUGAAAAGUCAACCCUCCAGAAUGACAUUGCAAACCUUAUGAAGGAGAAGGAGCGUCUCGAGUUCAUCCUGGCUGCCCAUCAUCCUAUCUGCAAGAUUCCAUCCCAGAUGAGCUCUGCAUUCCCUGAAUCCUGUGUCUCUCCAGCAUCUUCCGAAAGCAGCACAGUUACCUCAGCAGCUUCCACUCUGAUGGAGAUGCCAGCCAUGGCAACCUUGACCACUGCAACCACAACUACACCCUCCACUGUAAAGAUAUCAGACCUGGAUCCUUCGCUGGAGGUCUCCCUGGACCUGCUGACCAAAGCUGAGAUGGACACGGCACGCUCAGUUCCUGAUAUUGACCUGUCCAGCUCACUCUAUGCUGCUCAGGACUGGGAGCCUCUUUACACCCCUGCUCAACUGGACAUGGAGCCUCUGUGCACACCGGUGGUCACCUGCACACCCACAUGCACAUCCUACACACCUUCUCUAGUCUUCUCGUACCCGGACAGUGAUGCAUUUUCCAGCUGUGGCCAGCUGCACCGCCACAAUAGCAACGAGCAUUCAUCAGAUUCGCUCAGCUCUCCCACACUGCUCACUUUAUAAUGAUUAAUAACAAUAAAGAGCAUAUUUCACUUCAGCACUGACUCUCAGACUCAACAGGGCUACAAAACUUUACUGAGUGAUAUUUGCAAUCCUGUCAUUGCAUAUUUAUUGAACCAUUAUUUACCUCCUACAUGUAGCAUGAGUUCAUCAACAUGGAGAUUAUAAAUUAUAGAUAAUAAAUGUUACAUUAUGCAUAUGUCUAGAAAAAGAUGUUUACUGGUGCUAGAUAACUGUAGUGCUAUCAGCAAUACUUGUGUGAAUUGUGCAUUUUCUUUAUCAACCAUUACAAAGUGGUUAUUAAUAUUAUUAUUAUUAAAUGGGCAACCAAGUUUUCUGUGAAAACGUCGUCUUAAUUUAUUGAUUUUUAUUUUUGUACUGGAAUGUGAACCAAUGCAGAUUGAGUUGCUUGGAAAGCUAAUAAAAGGAUCACUGUUAACCUAUAA